AUCAUCAACUUCUAACUCGACCAUUACAUCACCUCCAAGAAUAUCCCCAAUUUUCACUUCGAAAAUGUUGGAAGCCUUCGAAAUAUUUGACACCUCUGGUGUAGUCCUCUGGUCCAAGUCUUACGCCCCCGUGGGCGCCCACGUGGUCAACAGUCUUAUCAAUGAUGUUUUCAUCGAAGAGAAAGCCCAACUGCAUGAAGGCCCCAACAAUACCUCGCCAGCUUUCAGAAAGGAAAAGUACACCCUAAAAUGGAAGAGAGUCAAAGAAUUCAACCUCAUUUUUGUGGCCGUCUACCAGUCUCUCUUACAACUGGGGUGGAUCGACAAGCUCCUCGACAACAUCGCUACCCUGUAUAUCGAUCUCUACAAGGAUCAACUGAGAAGCUCCCGCGCGAGGAUAUUGGAGUACCCUUUCGACAAAUACUUUGACCAACAAGUGCGCGAGCUCGAGGGCAGCUCGGGACCUGUCGCAUCGGAGAGUUCGGUGGCGAAUGCGGUCGCUAAGAAAGAUCCGCUUGUUUCGUCUGACAAUGGGGGCCCACCACCACCGUCCGUCCCUGGUCUUCUCGAGGCGCAGCGACAAGCUGCGCUCGGCGUGGUUACCUCAGAUGAGGGCACGCCACCCCACACACCAGAUACAUCGAGGUCGACAACGCCUGUUGCCGGCCACCUCCUUACCGCUAAACUAGGCCCUGGAGGCCGUAUGUCGCGCCGCGGACGCAAAGCCGCCAAUUCCAGCGCUAAUGCCUCAUCCGGUGACGAAAGAAGUCGGAAGGAAAAGACACCGAAGAGCGGUAAGAAGAUGCGUCGUUGGGAUGCGGAUGGUUUCGCCGACGAGGAUGAUGGCCAGAUCCUGGACUACUCGGCGCCAGCGGACCUUGAAGGGACACAGGUGCCGGCGGUGGAGGCCGUCUCCGAAGAGUCUUGGGGCCGAAGAACAGGUAAAGGCCAGUUCGUGCUCAAGGAUCUUGGAGACGAGGUUCACUCGAUCCUCGAGUCUGCACAGAACGAGAAAUCCAAGAGUGCUGCCUCUUCCGGUCUUGUUGGCUCGGGCUUCAAUGCCAUAGGGGGCCUCCUACGGAACAUUGUUGGUGGAAAGGUGUUGACGGAAGCCGAUCUAGAAAAGCCUUUGAAGACUAUGGAAGAUCAUCUCCUGAAGAAGAAUGUUGCGCGGGAAGCGGCGGUUCGGCUUUGCGACGGUGUGAAGCGGGAGCUGGUCGGGAAGAAGACGGGUAACUUCCAGAGCGUGGAUGCAGCCCUGCGUUUGGCCAUGGAAUCCUCUCUACGGAAGAUCCUGACACCAACUUCCUCUCUUGAUCUUCUUCGUGAGAUUGACACUGUUACAUCUCCCACGACCAAGCAAGCGGCUCCCCGCCCAUACGUCAUUUCCAUCGUUGGGGUGAACGGUGUUGGAAAAUCGACUAAUCUCGGGAAAAUAUGUUAUUUCUUGUUGCAGAACAACUAUAGGGUUCUGAUUGCGGCCUGUGACACUUUCCGUUCCGGGGCUGUAGAACAGCUCCGUGUUCAUGCCCGCAAUCUCAAGGAGCUCAGCCAGCGUGAAAACGCUGGUGAAGUGGAACUCUAUGAAAAAGGUUACGGCAAGGAUGCGGCAAAUGUCGCCAAGGACGCCGUGGAAUAUGGUGCAGCCAACAAGUUCGAUGUUGUAUUGAUCGAUACUGCAGGCCGUCGCCACAACGAUCAGCGUCUAAUGUCAUCUCUGGAGAAGUUCGCCAAGUUUGCUAAGCCUGAUAAGAUUUUCAUGGUCGGUGAAGCACUCGUUGGGACAGACAGCGUGAUGCAGGCCCGCAAUUUUAACCAGGCAUUUGGCACGGGAAGAAACCUUGAUGGCUUCAUCAUCAGUAAAUGUGACACUGUCGGUGACAUGGUGGGCACCCUUGUUAGCAUGGUGCAUGCAACGGGUAUCCCCAUUGUGUUCCUGGGUGUUGGUCAGCACUAUGGUGACUUGAGAGGGUUGAGUGUCCCUUGGGCUGUCAAUCUCUUGAUGAAGUGAUUUGUUCUACUCAUUUCGAUCUUGGUGAACGUCGGAUGAUAAUGCUAUAGGUGCUGGUUGAACGACUGCAGCUAAAUUUAGACUCAAUGCAAUGCAACUCAUGAUUUGGC